GGAAGGGACCAGUUGGGACUAGAAGGGACCAAAAAGGACCAGUUGGGACCAGAAGGGACCACCUGGAACAGGGAAGUGACCAGUUGGGACUAGAAGGGACCAAAAAGGACCAGUUGGGACCAGAAGGGACCACCUGGAACAGGGAAGUGACCAGUUGUGACCAGAAGGGACCACCUGGAACAGGGAAGGGACCAGUUGGGACUAGAAGGGACCAACUGGAACAGGGAAGGGACCAGCUGGGACCAGAAAGGACCAGCUUGAACAGGGAAGGGACCAGUUGGGACCGGAAGGGACCAACUGGAACAGGGAAGGGACCAGCUGGGACCAGAAAGGACCAGCUUGAACAGGGAAGGGACCAGUUGGGACCGGAAGGGACCAGUUGGAACGGGGAAGGGACCAGUUGGAACGGGGAAGGGACCAGUUGGAACCAGCGGGGACUAGCGAAGACCCUGCUGGGUUUCGUGAGAGAAGACCCCACGGCUUCCAUCCGGCUGAAGCAGAGGCCGGCUCUGCAGUGCCUGAAUGAGUUCUGCAGGCUGGGCUGCGUCUGCCUCAGUCUGUCUCACUGCUUCAGAGCCAGCCACUGCGGCCGCCCCGCCUGCAUGCUGGGCUGCAGCUGCCUUAAGCAGAAGGUGGUAAUCCUCAGGAACAUGGACAGCUCUGCGUCUGACUCCGCCUCCUCACCUUCUAAAACCAAGAAGAAGAAGAAGAGGGUGAUAAUGAAGAUGGCGUACGUCCUGAAGGAGGCCGACACGGCUGCUAGUCCUGCGGAGCAGAUCCGGACCCUGUGGAGGAGGAAUGCCCACGGCCCCGAUUCAGAGCCCGUCCACAUGCCUGAUGUGGCCCCCGUCCUGCGUCCAGUGGUGAGAAGGAAGCGUCCCAGCAGCUGUGCCAGAGUCCGAGGCUUCUUGGGAAGGAAGCAGAAGGAGGGAUCCAGGAAGCUGACAUUAACCAGGCAUGAAGCUCCUAAACUCCCCAGACAUGGACAGCAGAGCAGCACUGAUGUGGACCCCCCCAGACCCUGUUCUGACGCAGACCCGGCACCUGGCUCUGACCCCCCCAGCCCGUCGGAGGAGCGGCACCCCAAACCCUCGAAGCGUCUCCUCAUAGUGGCUGACUGCAAGUGGGGGGGCGACUCUGAGCGCAGCUACGUGUUGAAGAAGCUGUGUGAGGCCAUGGCUCUGGACAAUCUGGACAGACCUUUCUGGAUCAGAAAGUACCUCAUCACUCCAGUCGAUCAGACGGUGGAUGACAGCAGUGGGAACCGGUGCAUCCAGUACAAGGUCCACAUUUCCACCCCCUUAGUGAAGGAACAAGCUCCGCCCACAGGAAAUCCAGGCUCACAUGGAGGAGAGCAGGCAGUCAGAGCAGCAGCUGAACAUGGACAGGAGGGCAGCGAUGGGAGCACUGGUUCUGAUCCGGACAAGAAAUCAGGAUUUCCCCAGAAGAAUGAGGAGCCUCCUGCAGACAGGAAUACUAAUCAGACUUUGACUGAGACUGUGGAGGACUGGCAGUGGGAGGUGACGGAGGAGGAGGAGAUCCCAAUGGAAGAGGAAGAGGGACCCAUGGAAGAUUGGCAGGAGGAAAUAACGGAAGAUGACUUACUGGAGGAUGUAGGAGACUUCAGACAUUCCCCGAUUAGAGAGGAGCUAAGAACUGAAGGCACAGCAGAAUUAAACCAAGUAAAGGAGGUGGAAUCAGCGGUGCCUUUACUGACCAGAGUUCCUCCCAAUGGCUUCCUGUUGGCUAAAAAGAAACAGCCAGGAGGAUCAGAUGAAGUGAUACAGGUGAACGGGAAGCCGUACCCUUUUGCAAAGAUCCAGCUAGGCAGGAUGGGGGCGCUCCAUCCAGCCAAUCGGCUGGCAGCUUAUCUAACGGGUCGGGUCAGGUCUCAGACGCAGCGACAACCUUCAUCACUGUCCUGCAGACCUCAGAGUACCCCCUCAGUGACCUCUUCAGCUGUCUGUGCGCCACCUGCUCCCACAGCCAGGAUCCAAACGCAGCCUACCGCGAGCAGCCCCUCUGCAGGUCCUCCUAAUGUGCUUCACUUGCUGGCUCCUCUGCCUCCAUGCAUUCGGUUACCAGGCCCAAAGGUGGUUCCAGAGCCGGCCCAGCCGUCAUCAGGGAUCCGGUACUAUCGUAGGCCUGAUGGAUCAUUGGUCCAACUGAUUCCCAUCAACAGAUCAACCAUUCAGGGAGAGUCCCCCCGGCCCGCCCCAUCUGUUUCUUGGUCUCAGCAGAGCUCCUUUCCUACUAAAGUCGUCCCGGCCAACCGUCUCCAGGACCCCAUCAUUCUCCAGCUCCCUUUCCUGCCCCCCACUAAACCAGUGGCUCCUGAAGGUGGCCUCCUACAGACCCAGGGCCAGACCCCUCGAGUUCUCCCAGUGCAGUCCCCGGUGUAUCAGCAGGCUGACAUGGUGGACCGAUCAGACAUGGUAGCUGAGGACAUGACCGUCCAAAAGCAAGGUGUUUCAGACCAGCUGAGCAUCCAUACACCUGCCGAGUGCGCUCGUACCCGGGGGGACCCACGCCCAAGGCCCAUGCCUGAUGGCUACAGCUCUGAGCAGGACUGUGUGUCUGACCCAGAAGACUUGGACAUUGUGUGUGUCGAACAGAUGGAAGUGGUGGAUCUCUUGUCUAGCAGCGAGACGGAUAACUCUUCAGACUUCGGAGACUCUGAGGCUGAAGACGAGAGGGGGCUGGCUGCAGAUAAACAGCCCAGUCUGCCCCGCCUGUUCUGCACUGCUACUAAUUUCAUCCUAUCCACUGCUAACUCCAUCCUGUCCGCUGCUAACGCCAUCCUGUCCACUGCUAAUGCCAGCCUGUGUAAAAACAGCCUGUCCAAUGCUAAUGCCAUCCUGUCCUGUGCUGACGCCAUCCUGUCCUUUGCUGACUCCAUCCUGUACUUUGCUAACGCCAGACU